UCAAGGCACCCACCAUGGCCUCCUGCAGCGCGGGCACCCUACUGACCGAGUUCAAUGCCACCUACGUGUCCCCCGGCCUCAUGCCAGGGAGGGUGGCCGUUACCUCCAGGACGGCGGUCCCACAAAGGCGGCUGUAUCCACUUCCCCAGGAUCCCCGUACGAUAGAUCUGCUGAAGAAUCAUCAGCCCUUAAAAAUGUGCCUCCGUUUGUCAGUUCAUUUCAACAAAUAUUUGGAGAGCAGCUACUGAGUGCCAGGACUGACAGGGACGCAGAUAGAACUCCUUGCUCUCCCCCACCCACGGAGUUUAUAUUCCAGAAAGGAAGACUACACUAAAGGCCCAGAGAAAUUCGGGAAUAAAGGAAGAGGAAGGGGGACACGUGAGGCCGCAGGGUCCACCGGAAGAUGUCGCAGCCUGGGACAAAUGCACAGAAACGUGCGUCUCGACGAGGAGGAGGAAACCAUGCAAUAUCAUCUGACUCUACUGGGGAGGAGGCCAAGGGGGCCCUGAGCAGCCGGCACAGGUACCAAGGCCAUGUUCCCGGCGUGGCCUUCUCCUUUGGCAUCCCCUACGGCACCGCCACCCUCAAGUAUUUCCAGGACCACCGCAACGCAGCCCUGGAGAAGAGCCGUACUGUCUUCAGCAAAGGCGGCCACUUCCCCACCCUCUUCUCCUCAGACCCCAACCUCGUGCUGAGUAAGCGGUCCCACACCCAGGACCGCUGGCUGCACACCCCCAGCUACACCCGCUUCAACCUGGACAGUGGCCGCUCCGCCCAGCUCACCGGCUUCUACCAGAUGGCGCAGCAGCAUCGGAAGUACUAUCUAGACAGGACGGGCAUGGUGCCCCGGGUGCCCUACUUCGUGCUGCCUGUGAAGGAGUGGGAACGAUACCCCCUCCCCACCGACCUUCCUCCUCUGAGCCCAGAGAAGAAGUGGCACCUUUUAAGAGUAUCUCCCGAGAACUUGAAGACCUACCAGAGGUUCCCCUCGGGGAAGAGGGUCACCCCCCACGAGCGGCAGAGGAGAGACUGCUACUUUGAGUUCAGAGCGUGAUGCUGGAGAGCCUGGCCCUGACCAGGUCGGCCUUUCAGAAUAAAAUCUUUAGCCACGUCCAAA